UUUAGCCAGUAUUUGUUUGUGCAUAUACCUUUUUAAUUAAAGUGUUAAUGUUAUGUAUUUUACAGUCUUCUCCUGGAGGCAAUGGUGGUCUAAAGGUGGCCAAGACAGUGGUCGUUAACCCUAACGGAAUCAAUGGUGAUGCCUAUAAAACCAUUAAUGACGCUAUAGCUGCUGCGCCAACGAAGGCAGAAUCCGAAAACGGAUACUUUGUGAUUUACGUCGUGGCUGGAGUUUACGAAGAGUACGUCACGGUCCCUAGCAAUAAAUCGUACGUGAUGAUCAUUGGUGACGGCAUUGACAAAACAAUAAUCACCGGAAAUAGAAACGUGGUUGAUGGUUCCACCACUUUUGCUUCUGCUACACUAGCUGUUAUCGGAAGAGGCUUCACGGCGGCGAACAUAACCGUGAGAAACACAGCCGGCCCUACCAAACACCAAGCUGUUGCUGUCCGAAACAGUGCUGACAUGUCAGCAUUUUACAAAUGUAGCUUCGAGGGCUACCAAGACACGCUCUACGUCCACUCACUUAGACAAUUUUACAGAGAAUGCGACAUCUACGGAACGGUAGAUUUUAUAUUUGGAAACGCAGCAACGGUUCUUCAGAACUGCAACCUCAUUCCUAGAUUACCACUUCAAGGACAAUUCAAUGCCAUAACGGCUCAAGGCAGGAGCGAUCCAAACCAGAACACCGGGAUUUCGAUACAAAAUUGUAGAAUAACACCGAGUGCUGAAUUGGUUUCAAGUAAUUUCUCGGUUAAGACGUAUUUAGGUAGGCCGUGGAAGGAGUACUCAAGGACGGUUUACUUGCAAAAUUUCAUGGAUGGGUUUAUUGAUGCUAAGGGAUGGAAUGAAUGGAUGGGUGAUUUCGCUUUACAGACUUUGUAUUAUGCGGAGUUCAUGAAUACCGGACCAGGUUCAGAAACAGCUAACCGGGUUAAUUGGCCCGGUUAUCAUGUGAUCAAUGAAACUGAAGCUGUUUGGUUCACUGUCUCAAACUUUAUUGUCGGAGACUACUGGUUGCCGAGCAUGGGAGUUCCCUACGCCGGUGGGUUGAUGUAAUCUCGAUUGAUUUCUGGUCAUUCAAACCAUAUAUUAAUCUUAUCAAAGUUUCCAAGAAAAUUAUUUUUUGUUGUUUUGUUUGUACAAGAAACAUUUAUUUACACAUAUUAUUCUACACAUAUAUAUAUAUAUAUAUAAUAGGUUUAAUAUAUAUAAGUAUUUGAUCAGUGUUUUCUUUCUUCUUAAACCAUAAUUUAUUUGAUGUAGAAAACAUAAUUUCUUUAGUUAUAAAUUUAUAAUGUACCCAAAAAUGUUUUAAAUUAUCAUAUUUAUUCUAGAAUAUAAACAUAAAAGGUAUUACUUCAAAUAAAAACAAAUUUGGAAAUGAUGUUAAAAGUGGAUUAAGCAAUGGCAAAAAACUCCAUACUAAUAUCUGUAGGAAACUGUAUUUUUCUCUAAGAAAAUAGAAUGUAUGUCAGUUAGUAGUUAUUAAACACGAUUAAGACACUGGUUAUUCAGAUUUUAGAGGAAAAAGUAGAAUAAACAA